GGAAUUAGGGUUUCUGAGUCCUUCUAUAAAUACUCCGCUUCUUCAUUCCUCCCCCAAAUCAAGUGUUUUUCUGAUAGGCUGUCUAGCUCCCCUCUGCUCUCAGAUCUCUCGUGGAGAAAUCAGUCGAUCAUGGGGCACUCUAACGUUUGGAACUCUCACCCCAAGAACUAUGGUCCUGGUUCUCGCGCAUGCCGUGUGUGCGGAAACCCUCAUGGGUUGAUCAGGAAGUAUGGUCUUAUGUGUUGCAGACAGUGCUUCCGCAGCAAUGCCAAGGAAAUUGGCUUCAUUAAGUACCGCUGAAGAAUCAAAUAUUAAGGGGGCAAAGAAUCUUCCUCAAGUAUGAACCUAAUAGUGGUUUUUGAUUAAUGAAGAGCUUUAUUAUGAUGUUUUUAGUUACCUUGAACUUAGAGUUUGUUGUUUGACUAAGAAUAUUUUGUUAUUUGUUUUAAAGUAAUGACACUUUCUCUUUUGCUGCGAUAUUCAUCCAUCUG